AGCCUAAGAUUACGCGCCAAAACUCACCCUUUCCUAGACGAGACAGCAUUUGGUGUUCCUGUGUUUCUGGUGCCUGUGGAUGCUGUGGUAGACUGUGGUACGCUGUGGUAGGCUGUGUGAAGGGCGCCGCUGGACCUGCACGCACACAGACACUCAAACACACGCAAACACGCACACACCACCCUAAACAGGAAGAUGGCCGAGGUGACCUGCAGUUUGACCCAAGAGCAGGCUGACCUUCCCUGUGACCCCUCCACCACCACCACCACCACCACCACCACCACCAGCGAGGAGGAGGCGCCGGAGGUCACCAAGUUGAGAUGUGAUGGCGACACUCACACGUACAGACAGACUGGCCCCACCCCGGCCCUCUCCCUCUCUCCAGCCCGGCCCAGCACCUCCCCGGACCUGCCCACAGAAAGAGAGAGGGAGAGUGAUCGUGGCUUCAUUGGAGAGAGUGUAGGGCAUUUAGUGAGCUCGGAGAUGGAGGAGGAAGAGAGCAAACUGGAGGAGGCAAACAGGGAGGAGGAGGAGAAACUUCGCUCCACUGUCAGAGAGAGAGAGAAGGAGAACUCACAGGAACAGAGGUACAAGAGACUGAUGCAUCUUCUCACUAAGUCACAGUUUUAUAGCGAGUUUUUGCUGCAACAGAUUGAGACACAGAAGCAUUUAAACAGUAUAAGCGUCAAGUCAACUCAGAGUGAAAAUGAUGGAAGCUCUCAGUCUGAUUUGUCGUCUCAAGAUUCGCAAGGCAGUGGGAGUGGGAAGAGGAAGAGGAGAGGAGGAAGAGGAGGAGGAGGAGGAGGAGGAGGAGGAGGGAAGAGGAGGAAGGGUGAAUCUUCUUAUCAAAUUACAGAUGUCAUUGAUGAAGAUGUAGUGAAGAGGCACGCAGAGGGAGAGAAGAAUAAGGAGGAGGAGAUCGCAAGAGUGUGUCAACCAAAGCUUUUCAAGAAUGGUACACUUCGAGAUUAUCAACUGGAUGGUUUCUCGUGGCUCCUGACCCUUUACGAGAACGGCAUAAAUGGCAUUCUGGGAGACGAGAUGGGGUUGGGUAAGACAGUGCAGUUUAUCGCGUUGAUCUGCCAUUUGGUCGAGCAGGGGGUGGCGGGCCCCUUCCUGGUGUGUGCCCCCUUGUCCACCCUGCCGAACUGGAUGGCGGAGUUUGAGCGUUUUGCCCCUGCGAUCCCGACCUUGCUGUACCAUGGGCCAGAGAAGGAGCGAACGGAGAAGAGGAGACUCAUCAGAAAGGCGGUGGAAGUCGAGGGGUGUCCUGUUCGAGUCAUGCCUGUUGUUGUUACUUCAUAUGAGGUGAUCAUCAGGGACGUGAGGGCCUUACAACAACAGAACUGGAGGUACCUUUGUGUUGAUGAAGGUCACAGGCUCAAAAAUCACAAGUGCCGACUAACUAAGUCCCUGAAUGCCUUCCCGCCAAUGAACAGGCUGCUUCUCACCGGGACACCCCUGCAGAACAGCCUGGCGGAGCUCUGGGCUCUCCUAAAUUUCCUAAUGCAAGAUAUUUUUGAUUCUCUCGAUGUGUUUGAAUCUUGGUUUAGCGUGACGGAGAUGCUGGGAGGAAGUGACCAGAAGAUACUGCAGCAGGAGAAGGAGGGCCAGGUCAUCUCCACUCUUAUGAAGAUUUUAAGCCCGUUUUUCCUGCGCCGAGUUAAAAAGGAUAUUAGUUUGGACAUCCCCCCAAAGAGAGAGCUCCUGGUGUACACCCCCAUGACACCACAGCAGCUCAGACUCUACACCGCAACACUCACCAGCAACAUGGACGCUUUUGCUAUCAAAAAGAGAGAGGAAGAGGUAGAGUAUGAUGACAAAGGAAGGCCAGUGAGGAAGGCCAAGUCGUCUGCCAAAAUUUUCCUUCAGGAGGAGGAAGAGGAGGAGGAGGAGGAGGAGGAGGGAUGGAGGAAGGAGGAGGAGGAGGAGGAGAGGUUGAGGCAUUUCUUCCGAGCCAGAGGAAAGAGAGAGGAGGGAGAGAAGUGUGAGAGCCCACCAGUGUUCCAUGUACGGGUCAAGCUGCAGAAUAAAAUGAUGCAGUUACGAAGGAUUGUGAAUCAUCCUUACCUUGUCGAAUAUCCUCUCAACCCUGAUGGAACCUUCCGGGUGACGGAGGAGGUAGUAGGGUGUUGUGGCAAGCUGCAGGUGUUGGACCAGCUGCUGAAGGAGCUGUACCACCGCCACCACCGCGUCCUUCUCUUCUCUCAAAUGACCUCCCUUCUCGACAUCCUUGAGGACUAUCUAUCCCUCAGGCCACAGUUCAGGUACCGGCGCCUGGAUGGUCAGCGGAAGGUAGAGGAUCGACAGAAGGACAUCCAGGAUUUCAAUGUAAAGGAUUCUAGGGAUUUUCUCUUCCUUCUGAGCACCAGGGCAGGAGGUCUGGGCGUCAAUUUGGCCUCUGCGGACACUGUCAUCAUAUACGACUCAGAUUGGAACCCCCAGUGCGAUCUACAAGCCCAGGAUCGCUGCCACAGGAUCGGCCAGACCUCCCCAGUCCUUGUCCUCCGCCUGAUCACCGCAGCCAGCGUGGAUGAGAGAAUUGUGGAGCGUGCCACGACAAAAAGAAAGCUUGAGAGAUUGAUCAUACAGAGUGGCAAGUUUCAGGCAGCCAGUCAGAGGGAGAGGAGGUUUGGCAGGGUGGUGGACGAAGAGGAGCUGCUUGCCCUGCUAAACCACCGUGACCACCACAGGGAACACAGGGCCUCUCAGGGACAUGUGUUCACCAAAGAGGAGCUGGACCAACUCCUGGACCGAAGUGACCUUAUUAAGAAGAAGAAGAGGAAGGAAGAGGAGGAGGAGGAGGAGGAGAGGGAGCUAACUGGAGUCUUCAAGGUUAUCAGCGAGGAGGAUUAAAGAGGAGGAGGAGGAGGAGGAAGAGGAGGAGGAGGAAGAAG